UCUUUUGACACACACACAGGAAGUGAGCAGUGCUUUCUCAAAAGACCAAGAGACAGGCAGCGGGUGAGGAGCUAAAAACACAGAGGGAGAUCAUGAGGGUCAUGCUGUUCUUCAGUUUCUGUCUAGCAGGUAAACCUUACUUUGCUCUACUUUAAAUUAGAUUUGAUAUAGUCGGUUUGGAAUAAGUUCUUUACUAAAGCAAGUUUACAAGUGCAAUAAUUUAGAAAUAUGAAGUCUAAGUAUCACAAUAGAGAGGAUAAGCUCUGUAAAUGUUCUCUGUUACGGAUAUAUGACAUUUAGGGAUUAAUCAUUUAUAUAUUUAUUAUUGUUUAGUGCAGUGGUUCUCCACAGGAGGGUCACAGGGUAAAUCUGAGACUGAGAGGUCAUGACUGAGGUGAUGAGAGAGAUCCUUCACACCAUUAUCAUUGAACAACCAACAAACUACCUUUAAGCUGCAAAAGAAAAGAGAAAACACAGAUAAGGGUCAGCCAAGAUAGAAAGGAAAAGCUGAAAAACAAAUCUUUAUACACGUCUAUAAAAUAAUAACCAAAAGUUUCUAAAAGUUUUUAAAAGGAGAGAAAAGAUGGGGAAAGAAAGUUACACAUCUGAAAUUUACGGUGGCGGCCAUCUUUUUCACGGGGUUCAGAUGGUGCACAAGAUCUCUAAUCCAUAACUUAAACUCAAAGGAAACCUGUUUUUCCAUAUGAGUGGGGUUGCUGAUGCAGAGACUGAGACAGACAUCCUGUGAUGCAUCAUCUAUGAUUAUCCGCCCCGGGCCCUGAGCUCCUUCUUCUCUUAGGUUCCUCUAGACUGUUGCUGCAGACAUGAACAUCAGCCUCACUGACAUUAAUAACAUAAAGCUAGAGUUAACUACUAUUAGGCCUGCUGACUGUAAUCUCUUUAAAUGAACUGACUUGUUUCCUGAUCCUGUAAACUGAAUGAAUUUUCUUCCAUCAUUAUUGGUUCUGUCACAAGGACUCUGUAUGAGCUGUUGUUGUUUGUGCUGUUGCUGCUGCCUCUCUCUCCCUCCCUCCCCAUCUCUCUCUUUGUUUCUCCCCAACUCAGCAGCAUCAGGUGGCUGUCUAACAUGAGUCUGGUCCUGCUCAAGGUUUCUGCCUGUUAAAAGGAUGUUUUGCCUUGACACUGUCACUCAUGUUGGGUGAGAUGGGUCAAAUCUGUCCCACUUCUGCUCUUUUGGAAAGCAUUUAGGGGUAACAACAGUUGUGAUUUGGCACUAUAUAAAUAAACAUUGAUUGAUUGAUUGUAAUCCGGUUCCCAAUAUUUCUAUGAUAGCAAUAAGUUCUCUAAAAAAUCCUAAUACAUCAGAAAAACUUUGAAAACAAAGACAAAAUCUCUUUGUUUUGGGCAAAACCAUAAAGUAUAUGAUAUGCAAGCUGGUGUCAUUUUACAAUGAUCAGAAUUUGGCUCUGUAUUAGUUGUAAAUUGGGUCAUGUUUAAGUUUAACUGAAGAUAAGUGCAUCAUUCAUUUACAUUGUGUCUGCAGAUGUAAUAACUGUGUUAAAAUCCUCUUCCCAUCGUCUCUUCAGCUACAACGGGAGUUCUUGAUAGUAAGAGUCAGGAAGAGUAUAAAUUUGGCCAUUAACCUCUUUAAGGCAGGAACUGAGAUCAGGCAUGGAAAAAUCGUCCAUAAUUGAUAUUCUGCCCUGCUGUGGGGGCUUUUAUCAAUAAAUCAUUUCAAGUUUCUGAAUCUUACAAUUGCAGAAACAAACUUUUUUUUUUAAGAUAAGUAAAUAAAUAGUAAAACGUGGUAUUGGUAGAGAAACGAUUGUUAGCUUGUAGAUCCAUCUUUUUAUGGACAGUUGAAUUUUACUGCAGCUCCUACUUCUGUGUUUUCAGGUGUGUGGUGUGAGGACAAAGGAGCAGUGUUUGUCUACAGCACAAUUGGAGGUCAAGCUCUUCUGCCAUGUAACAACCUGGAUAUCACAGACUGCUCCAGCACCACCUGGAGCUUCUUCUAUAAAGGUGAGGGAGUGCAGCACUUAGUGGACAUCAGCAAGGGGAAGGUGAUGAAGGACUCAAAGAGGUUGAACCGCACAUCCAUUCUGUCUAACUGCUCACUCAUCCUGCACGACAUCAACCCAAGAGACGCCGGUUCCUACACCUGUCUGUGGGGACGGAACGCCACAUCUAACAUAUACCUGACCGUCCUCUCCAUCACUUCAUCCUCCUCUAUCACCAACCUGCAGCUCGGAGGAAACCUCAGCCUGAGCUGCCUGCUGUACACCUACUUUGAUGCAGGGAGCUGCAGGUCAUACUCCAACACGUUCGAGCUCCGCUGGAUUACUGAGGAGGGAAUGGAGCUCCCUGAAGACAGCAGGUCUGUUUGUAAUCUCUAACACACACACCACUACUGCAACUCAAUGUAUCAAAACUAUUGAUGGGAAUUCAUGUAAAGAGCAUGAAAAACAGAUUAAUGAUUCACCACACUUUUUGACAAAGCACAAACACUUGGAAGUAAAGUUCUUGCUAUAGUGACACAGAAGAAGACUUUAUAACAAAGAAAGAGGAAAAAAUAUUAAUACAAGUGUCCAAGCAAGUAUAGAAAAUAGCUGCAUCUAUUUAUGUAAAAAGAAAUGAAAAACAUUGUGCAAAGACAAUAGAUAUUAACUCAAAAUGGAGUUGAUUCAAAUCAAUCAAUCACACUUUAUUUGUAAUGCAUUUUUUAUACAAAUCAAACAAAAAAUGUAAGUGAUUAAAUGUGCUUAACACCAAAACAGCCCGUAAAGUGACAGGAAACAGAGCAGGUAGAAAUGUAUGUGCAAUGAAAUUUCAGUAAAUAAAGCCGUAAAGGAAAAAGGGUUUUCUAAAAAAUAUUGGAAAAAAAAAAAAUUAAAUUGCUAAAAUAACAAUAAAAAGGCCAAGAUGAGUAGUUACAAUCAAUGAAAGGGUAGAGAUAGCAAUAUAAAUGGGUAUUCAAAUAUUAAAAUGACAAGAGUUGAGGAUGAGCUAACUAAAACACUUUAAAAAUUUUAAACUAAAAAGUCACAAUAUUUGCAACCCCUUUGAAAUCCUCAGGUUCUUCUCUUUUAGCUGUUCUCCCAGAAAGGAGCUAAAACAAGUGAAAGACUAUGAGUUUUUUCUUCAAAGUUUUGAGCCACCAACUGUUGAUAUCGUCAAGACGGUCAAAGCUUGUCUUAUCGGUCCCCUAGGUCUUAAAGAGAGGGCACAUCUGUAAGUCUUAUGAUGGCAAAGAAAGAAGACUUUGUAGUGCUUAAUUUUUUGACUAUAGGGCAGGAUAUAGAUUUAAAAAAAAAAAAAAACUUAGUAAUGAGUGAGGAAGAAGAUGAGUGAUAACUUAUGGUGACCACAAAGGUUUGAAUAGAAGGUGAGAAGGAUUAGAAAUAAAGCAGCCCGAAGCUACUUCCUCCGCUGCUGAAAAACACCCAAUCUGUUCUGCCAGCAGAGAAGAUAGUUUAACUACAAAUAUCUGAUUAAUUGUUCAUACUUAUGAACUUAUUUUUUGCUGUAUUCUUUCAGUCUUUGGACAACAAUAAAGCUCAAUGACACAGAAAAAGAGGCCAUGUAGAAAACAAAAUGGAGAAUUUGAUUUAAUUUUUCAGGUGAGAAAUAAGGUAUCACCUGACUAAUUUUUAAACUACCAAAGACAAAUCACAGGGCAGCAAUAGUAGAAUAUUUACUACUUAUAAAAGGCCACUUAUAAUGUUGGUCUGACGGUUUUCCCUCAACGCAGGUACAAGUUGGUCAAAUUCAACAACAACCGCUGCAAUGUCACCCUGGUGGUCUCAAACCUCCAGGCUAAAGACACUAACCGGAAGUGGCGAUGCACGGUGGACACCAAAGACACCCCCCGGGUGGUGUUCCUGGACUUUAAAACCAGAUUUUUGUUUGGACAGCCUUUUACUUCAACGGGUGAGAAUACUUCAGCUGACUGUUUUAAUCAGCUGCCUGUCAGCCGCAUUGUGCUCUGUGCAGCUCUGCCCAUCAUGGUGAUAAGCGUGGGGUUCUUUGUAUGGAGAGAAGACCGAAAGAAGGUCAAAACAUCCGCCACAGACAUCGAGCUCCAUGAAAUUGGAUAACUGCUUAGUGCUGUUUGUGUUCACUGAUUUCCUUUUUUGGUCUUUGAAGGGAUUUAACUGAUUUUACUACCCACCUGAAUCCACAUCAACACCAUCCUUUUUUAUCUGCAAAGAGUGAAAGUUGUGAUACCAUAGGCAAACAUAAUCACAUUACUGAAGGCUGCUGCACAGGCGAAUGUUGUAGAUAUAGAUACAUGUAUGUUCCUGAAACAUAUGCUGUAAAUACCUGAAUUUGUUUGUUUUUGUGCUCCACGGCUUCCUCUCUGUGUGUUAUUUAUAAAUAAUUUGACUGAAAUGUCAGUCUUGCUUUAGUAGCAGACUUCUUGGUUUCAGAAAUUCAUUUUAUGAUGUCUGAAUACCAGGACAUCCUCAAAGUAAAAUCAAGUGGCAGAAAUGGAAUUUAAAGAGGAAUUGAUUGUGUAGGAUUUUUUUUUUUUUUGUAAACUUUAGAUUCAUGAAUUUGAUUAAAAAAAAAACAGUUUUCCUCCUGCUUACUUUCCAUCUUUAAUUAACUGUUUGUUCCACCACUAAAACAAAAUCAUUAACAACUUCAACUUAUAAUGAGUAGGUCUAACUACACUGAACUGUGAAUUAAAGGUUGUGACACUCUGUAAUAUUCAUAAAUAAGUAUAAAGAUCACUUUAAGAUAUAUGUACUUACUGUAUUAAUUUUUUGUCAGAAAAUUAAUUUUUGACAAUUAUAUCUACAAUAAACCAAUGAAUGUUUGCUUUUCUUUGCAUGUUUAAAUGUUUUCUCAUCCCUAAUUGUACAACAAAUUUACUUAUUACAUAAAGAUCAGCUCCAUCACAAAAUUAUGAAGAGAUAUCAAUUAGAGCUUAAAUAGCACAGAAAUAAUCAUGUUUUAUUUUAUUAUAUCUCCAGUUUAGCCUAGGAUGAUUAAAAAACAUAGACUGUGUAGAAUGGACCUCAUCCACCUUCUUGCUGGGUGAAGCCUCCGCGAGGACAGCUCCCUAGGUGACAGGCUGCAGUAUAGGUCAUAAAUCCCGCCUCCUUUAGUAAACUUAAUGGAGUUGUGGACAAACUUUAGAAAUUUGUUACACAAAAUAUAAUUCUUUUCUCCCCCCUGGUUGUGAUGUUGACAUGUAGUUAUUGUAAGACUGGUUUGUGCUCAAGUCCUUUUUCUGUGCAGCUCCAUUUUUAAAAGUUAUUAGGGGGUUCAUGUUUUCUAUGAUUGACACUUGAUGCCUAUGGGUGUACGAAGAUUGCUUAGCUCAUCCAAGGGAUAUGCUGUAUGAGAACAGUGUCAUCACAGCGACUUUCCUGCCAAAUGCGUACAAUGCUACUGCGCAAGUGGUGGUUCCAGGAAGUGGAGAAAAUCCCUGACACACUGAAAGCAAUUUGGCUUCAAAUUCAUAUACUGACAGAGGGCGGAGCCAAGUUGUCCAUAGUAUAUACAGUCUAUGUUAAAAUAAAUGUAGAAAUGACAAACUAUCUGAAAAUGAAUCAAUACCAUUUUAUGAAACUCUAAACAAUGUUUUUAAAUAAAGACUGAGUUUGCAUCUGUGAUAUGGUUUUUCUGACAAAUUUACUUUUUAAUUUAGAAGGCAAUAUGUGAGAGGGGAAGUGUAUGAUUCAGUGAUAGUAUUCUAUAACAGAGAUGACCCUUAAAAAUGACAAUAAUUUGCUGUCAUUAAAGCUCCUCUGAGGACUUUUCA